GCCUCGGCGCCCCGCCCCCCGGCCUCCGAUUGGUCCCUUCGAAAGCGGCGGCGGCGACGGGCCGAGGCGGCGGUUGGGGGCCGGGCGGCGGCCGGGCGGCGCUGUGGCCGCGGGGGCGGAGGUGAGCGUCCCUGCCCGGCGCCCCUGCCCCACAGCCUCUCAGCCUCAGCCGGCGGGUCCGGUUCGCGCCGCGAGCCACCUGACGGGACCGCCGCCGGGAGUCCAGGUGACGCAGGGCCCGCCCUCGGGCAACAGGAAAGACAUUUCAUUUCUAUACAGAUGACCAUGCAGCCUGCAAUUCAAGUAUGGUUUGGAGAAGAUCUGCCACUAAGUCCACGGAGCCCUCUGACCCCCAGACACGGGCCGGGCUUGGCGGAUGUCUGUCAGUAUGACGAGUGGAUAGCUGUGAGGCAUGAGGCCACGCUUCUGCCCAUGCAGGAAGAUCUUUCAAUCUGGUUAUCAGGCUUACUAGGUAUUGAAGUUAAGGCAGAAAGAUUGUUGGCAGAACUUGAUAAUGGAGUGCUGUUAUGCCAGCUGGUGAAUGUCCUUCAAAGCAUGGUGAAGACGUGUGACUCUGAAGAGCCAGGGAAUUUUCCAAUGAGAAGAGUUCCCUGUAAGAAAGAUGCCGCGUCGGGCUCAUUCUUUGCCAGAGACAACACAGCAAACUUUCUUCACUGGUGCAGGGCCAUUGGGGUGGAGGAGACCUACCUCUUUGAGUCUGAAGGCUUAGUUUUGCACAAAGACCCAAGACAGGUGUAUCUUUGUCUUCUUGAAAUUGGUCGAAUUGUGUCAAGAUACGGAGUUGAGCCACCUGUAUUAAUAAAACUUGAGAAAGAAAUUGAGUUAGAAGAAACCUUGCUUAACACUUCUGGACUUGAAGAUUCCAGCAGCAUCCCAAAAUCAUGCUGUCAGCAUGAAGAACUAGAUGAAGCUGUUAAGCAUAUUGCUGAAGACCCUCCUUGCAGUUGUUCUCAUCGGUUUUCCAUUGAGUACUUAUCUGAGGGAAGGUACCGACUGGGGGAUAAGAUACUCUUCAUAAGGAUGCUCCAUGGAAAACAUGUCAUGGUUCGUGUUGGUGGCGGCUGGGAUACUCUACAAGGAUUUCUGCUUAAAUAUGACCCUUGCCGGAUUUUACAGUUUGCUACACUGGAACAAAAAAUCCUAGCAUUUCAAAAAGGCAUUUCUAGCGAGAGUGUCCCUGAUUCUCCCACUAGAACACCUCAGCCUCCUGAAAUGAAUCCUCUGUCAGCAGUCCACAUGCUUCAGAAGCAGCCACCCAGGCCUGGCACCCCAAUCGGCAUCUUAAAGAGGAAAGAAAAGCAGGUGAGUCCUGCAGGCUGGCGGCUGCCUACAUCUGCUUGUCAAGGAGUCACUCCUCGCUCCGUGUCAGCCCGCUCUAAGUUGCCGGCCUCCUCGUCAGCGUCUUCUCGUCAUACACACACUCCUUCCAGAAGCUUAAGGGAGAAGCCACAGGCUCCUUCAAAUGGUGCGUCCCCCCAACUUGUUUCUUUAGAUCGGAUAGGGAAAAGCACUGCUUCACCAGCUUUGUCCAGAAGGGCGCCGUAUGUCUCUGCAUCCUUGAGAAAAUGUGCCGUAUCUCCCAGUGCUCCCACCAACAAGUGUAUCACCUCACAGAAUGCACGGGGUGUGCCUGUGUCUGGGAAGACAGUCUCUUCCACAUCAGCACACAUCAGUUUAUCAUCAAAGUCUCCAAAGCUGCCCAAAGCAGCUACACACACACGGCCUCAACCUUCCCCUCCUGUCCAGUCUCCUGCAAAGGUGACAAAAUCCAGCGUCAGGAGCACUGCAGCAGGCCCAGCAUCACAGUCUCAGCCGUCUGGUAGAGCCCUGCGAGCAGAGGCCACACCGCUGCAGAAGUGUAAGUCAGCCUUGCCCCUGAACCAGCCAUUCUCUGCAGUGAAAGCUGCACAGGAGUCAGAAGGCAAGAACAUGGUUUCAGCUGCCCAACAGCAGUCUCCAGGCCGGAGCACAGCCAAGAAGACAGGGCCCGCCUCCUCAAGGCCUCCUGGACGCACCCCCCUGUCUGUCAUGAGUCUGCCCCAGUCUUCUUCCAAAACACAAGCUGCACUGAAGGCAGCACCCACUGCCACCAAGGGCCCCUGUGCGUCUAGAGGACCUCCCCAAAGUGCCAGAGCCCCCGCUCCAGCCAGGAAGCCACCCUCCUCUGGGAAGGGAGUGGGCAGUGAUGACAAAAAGCCUACUGCAAAGAAAAAAGAUGACGAUGACCGUUAUUUUGUUAUGACUGGAAGUAAGAAACCUAGAAAAUAAAUGUUAACUGUCAUUUUAAGGACAUAGAGAAAGGAAGAGUGAAUGGGCUGACUUCACACCUUACAGCCUUUUCCUGCGUGUGUGUCCAGGUAGAUGUACAUACCAAGAUGGGACAUGGAGGUUGGGGCAAGGAGAGGUCUCGUCAGAAAUGUGCCUGUCGGGAGUCGGGCAAGGACCUGGGUAAGGAUCCUGGUUCGAGCCCCGGCUCCCCACCUGCAGGGGUGUCACUUCUCAAGUGGUGAAGCAGGUCUGCAGAUGUUUAUCUUUCUUUCCUCCUGUCUGUCUUCUCCUCCUCUCUCCAUUUCUCUCUGUCCUGUCCAACAAUGACGACAUCAGUAACAACGACAAUAAUAACACUACAAAGGCUAUACCUAUAGUCGCUGCAUUUUAAAAUAUAUGUUAAUCAAGGAAGCUAUUUGCAUGUUAAUGUGACAGUGGUGCCCGCACUAUAAUCAUGUCCUUUAGUGACAGAGAAGCAGUCAUGGCACUGGCCUUUCAAAGGCACCUAACUACCUUCCUGACCAGGACUGCCUGAUGUAGCCAUGGGAGUUUGUGUGGCUGCCACUCUGGUUUUGGUGGGACUCUUAUUGAAACACCGUGUGUUGUCCUGUCAGGUCAUGCCAUGCCAUGUCACGUUUUAGACAGAGGCAGAGAGAGAGAAGCCAACAGCACCAAAGUUCCCUUGUGUGUGGGAAGGCUGGGCUCCAGCCUGAGUUGUGCAUGUUAGCAAAGCAACGCACUAUCCCAGUGAGCUAUUUUGCUGGCCUACUUAAAACUGUUUUAACCUUUCUAAAGCAAAAGGUGCCGAUUUUUUAACCAGAUUAUAUCACCAGUGUAAUAUUUUGUUACUGACAUAUUUUGGCAAAAAAUAAGAUAAUUAAUACAUUGAAGUAUAAGAUGAAAUUUGGUUUAAAAUGAUUUUCUUAUAUUACUUAUAAGAAUUUAUACUCUGUAUUUUACAUGGAUGUUGUGCAAUGUGACCGGGAAAACCAGUAUAGGAGCCUUUAGCCCUAAAUUUUUUAAUAACACAGCUUUAUAUUGGCACGCAGAUUUAAAUAAUGUGUGUUAACAUCAGGGUAUUUUUAAGUAAUCUUAUGAUAAGGUAAUAUCAAAGAACUUUUAGAGUGGUGCUAUAUAAAAAUUCUAUCAUGUCAUUUUUCUUUAGGUAGCAAAAUACCAAUUUUAGAUUCUUCCAGUUUUAUUAAUUUUCUUUAAUAAUGUUCUGCUGCCUUCAGUUUUCCAAUGACAAGUGGACAGUAUUCAUCUAGCUUUUUCUGUCCUGUAAGUAUCAUUUAAUAACUGUUUAUACUUUGUUUUUUAAAGACUGUGCCUAUUUAAAAUUAUUAAUGUACUUUCAGAGGUUUUCAGGAUAUGUAAUAACUUCGUAGUGUUAUUAUCACUGGUCACUAAUUAAAUGUUGAGGUGUGUGUUUUUCUAUUUUAAACUAAAGUAUUUUCUAAAGAAGAAUUUUUUACAGAUGUAUAAUCUUAGAAUAAGCAUCUUAAGUUAAUGACUAAUAUCUAUCGGUUAUAAAGCAAGAAAACUUUAUAUGUAGCUUGAGAAAUUCUUGUCUGAGGAAUACAGUUAAAAUCAAAUCUAUAUGCUUCCUAGGUUUUGGAACAACUGAUAAAGCAAUCUCCUUUAAGAUAGGCAUCAAAUGCUUGGUUUUGUCUUUCUGUCUGUCUAUCUGAUGUUGAGAAAGGUGAUACUACAUCAUUGAAAAGUGAAGUGACUUCAGGGAUACUGGAAGCAUUACAUUUGUAGUAAUCAGGUAUAUGAAUGCAGUUUUCAAAGAAGGCUUUUACCACAAGAAGUUUACCCCCUUGUAAGGUCAAACAGUACUUCCCUAUCAGUAAUUUUUAGAACUAAUAGAAAAAAAGUGAAUCCAAAUUGAUUUUAAAAUAUGUGAACAGUAACUUUUAUAUUGAGAGCAAUAAGGAAUUCUGCAGUUCUGUAGGCAUCUGGAAUAGAUUUCAAGAAUUAAAAAAAUUGGAAGUUAAUAUAUAAAGUAAUCUAUCCAUCACUAGGUACUUUCUUCAUUUACAUUUAUGUUUAAUAAAUGUUUACUUAUGUAUAGCCUACCCUUUCAAAAUAAAGUUCUUGUUUAAAUGGUGACUCAAAGAAACUUUAUUGAAAUAUAUUUUGAAGUGCUUUUAAGGACUAGUAUUUCUAAUCAUUUUUAUAAUUUAAAUAAAACUUUUACAUUGUUAAGGUUGAUAAUAGUACAAGAUUUUCAUGUAUUAAGUAUUAAACACUGAACAUAUAUACCAAAUUCUCUAUUUGCUUCUUUGUGUAUUCCAGAUAUGUUCUAGUUCAUGCAAGAAAUUUCCUAUAUGAAACAUUCAUACUUUGAGAAUGGUAUUUUUUGCAUACUUAUAUUUGUAGAACUUAUUCCACUGCUAGUGAUCAGUAACAGUGCUUGUUGAUGUUUAUUUUAUUUUAUUUUUUUUUUACCAGAGUACUGAUCAGCUCUGGCUUAUGGUGGCCUGGGACCUUAGAGUCUGUUUGCGUAACCAUCAUGCUGUCUGCUGCCAUUCCCUUGUUGAUGUUUAUUAACAGUAUUUGUCCCCCAAGUGGCUGUUUCUGAUGCAACUUUGUCCUGGACUCAUAUUUAAUAAUCUCUAAGAUUAUGAAAAUAUCCAUCAGUUGUUAAAACAGAAUUCUGUAGGUCAUGCAGUACUCUUUACACAGAAAGGUAAGAUUUUUCUGUUUCUAUAAUGGGUUUAAUUUUACAUUUCAAUGGUAAGAAUAUUUUUAAAAUAUAUAGUUUUCCCCAUACUCAUUAUCAGACAGCUAUAAAAGCUAUCAAUUAAAUAUGUAUUUGUUGGUAUGCUUCUAAAUUCUGCUUCUAAGACUCCUUCUGUUGCAUUGCUUGAGAUGUGGUCUGUUUACAUCAUCACUGUUUUACCUGGGUCCCGCCCUGCCUGCAGGGUGUUGGUUUAAUCCCCACUGGUUAGAUGGAAGCUUUCUAUGUUCUGUUCGUGCUUUUUUUUGCUCCACCCCCUCUCCUUGUCAUUUCCUUUCCCUUGUCACUUCCGGUGAAGAGAUGCAUAAAAGGCGAUGUAUCUGAUUAAUAAACAAGAUACUGCUUCCCAGCUCAGCCAUGAGUCCCUAGUCGUCUCUCUACUGCCCGUGAAGCUAGCCCAGCCUGGCAUAUAUUCUUUAUGAUGCUUAUAAAUCCCAGAAAAAAAACACCAUCUUGAUAUAAAGCUCAUUCUGCAAGCCAGUUGUGAAUGUAAAAAUUUUAAACUUAAAUUCAUUUUGUGAAACUUGGGAGAAUGCUAGAUAAACAUUUCCCAGUAAAAUUGAAAAUAUUAAGUCACUAUCUGUUUAAAAUACUUUGCUAUAAUUAUACUAAUUUUCUUGUAGAAAAACACAAUCAAACUUUAUGUCUGAUUUUAAUUUUUGCAAAGAUUUCUCUUUGAGAACAUCACUUGCUGCAUAUCACUAGUGUUGGCAUAACUGUGUCACCAUUAAAAUGAUGUAAAUGCUAAUUUAUAUUAAAAUAAGUCUGUAUAGUGA